UGACGCAGUGACGUUGCCGGAAGCAGCCUCGUUCUGGCCGUCAGGGCAACACCUAGAAAAAAAAUACAUCCCGACGACGCGCCUGAAGCCCGUAAUAUGGGCGAAUUUUAACACUAAAAACCAACUCGUUUUGGCACUUUACCCUUUAACACUACAAGAGGAAUCCGUUCGGUUGAGAUUUAGCUCGUUUUAACGGUCGUUUGAGCCAUGUCUCGGAGCGCGCUGCAGCCGAGCCAGCAGAAGCUGGCGGAGAAACUGACGAUCCUCAACGACCGCGGCAUCGGGAUGCUCACGCGCAUCUACAACAUAAAGAAGCAAGGACAAGUUUGGAAGGCCUGUGGAGAUCCCAAGGCAAAACCUUCCUACCUAAUUGACAAAAACCUGGAGUCAGCUGUGAAAUUCAUCGUAAGAAAAUUCCCAGCCGUUGAGACGCGUAACAACAACGUGAGUUUCAUAUUAUGAAUCAAGUAUUUUGAG